UUCUCCCAGAGAGUUCAAAAGUCUGUUCUGUAUUUCUGUGUCUCUUUUUCUGUUUUGCAUAUAGGGUUAUCGUUACCAUCUUUCUAAAUUCCAUAUAUAUGUGUUAGUAUGCUGUAAUGUUCUUUAUCUUUAUCAGGACAUGGAAGCAACCUAGAUGCCCAUCAGCAGAUGAAUGGACAAGGAAGCUGUGGUACAUAUACACCAUGGAAUAUUACUCAGCCAUUAAAAAGAAUUCAUUUGAACCAGUCCUAAUGAGAUGGAUGAAGCUGGAGCCCCUUAUACAGAGUGAAGGCUGUCCUUGUGUGGACCCGUCCCUGUGGAGUCUGUGUGCACAAGGCUUUGGGGCAGAGCUGGUGCUGAGCAGUGUGAGCAAAGGCUUCUGUGCUCAGGGGCUGUCCCCCCCCUACUGGGCCAAGCGAGUCCCAAGACGCUGGAGCAGAACUCUGAGGGUUGGGUCCAGACUGGUUCCACUCGUUGUAAGUGUGCACCCCUUGACAUGGAAGCAACCUAGAUGCCCAUCAGCAGAUGAAUGGACAAGGAAGCUGUGGUACAUAUACACCAUGGAAUAUUACUCAGCCAUUAAAAAGAAUUCAUUUGAACCAGUCCUAAUGAGAUGGAUGAAGCGGGAGCCCCUUAUACAGAGUGAAGGCUGUCCUUGUGUGGACCCGUCCCUGUGGAGUCUGUGUGCACAAGGCUUUGGGGCAGAGCUGGUGCUGAGCAGGGGCUGUCCCCCCCCUACUGGGCCAAGCGAGUCCCAAGACGCUGGAGCAGAACUCUGAGGGUUGGGUCCAGACUGGUUCCACUCGUUGUAAGUGUGCACCCCUUGUAAGUAUGCACCCCCAUCCCCUGCACUGCACCUUUGCCCCAGAGGGUGGCAGAGCUGGAGGAAGGUGUGCAGGAGUAGCCCCUGGUGCGGGUGGCCAUGCAUGUG